CUCGCCCAUCCACCACGACGACGAUCCAGCUGCAGCAGCGGCCUGCUUCUCUCCGCGAUGAGACCAUCCAGCGUGCAUUUGCUUGUUGGCACGCUGCCAACGUGCCCAUCGACGCUGGCAGAGACGUCUCUUUACCCACCUCGUCCACCAUGACAAGAGGCCCCGUUUUCCGCGUGGCCGGGCUGCAAGCCUCGCGACCUGACGACAAGCUCAAGGCGGCGCUGACGGCCGCCAUCGACGCCAAUUUAUCUGAGAACGAGCGAUCCACAAUCACCAUCCAGGCAGACAUAGUGCCGUCCUGCUACGACCAUGACGGACAAAGAGUCGCGCUGGUCGAGUUUGGCGGUGGGGUGCCUAGUUUCCUGGCAGCGCUAACGGCAGAUCCACUGGCUAGCUGGCAGAUCGAGAUGGGAGACGACGACGUCAACUUCGACCGUCACUUCUUCGGCUUCACCCAGCUAUACGCGCCCAAGGCGGACGCGUGCAUCACAGCAGAUGUCAUCGCCAUCACCGGCCUCGAUGGGCACGCAUAUGGCUCGUGGAGAGGGAAAGGCAACCUGGGACGAAUGUGGCUGCGCGAUUUCCUGAGCAAAGACCUGCCAUGCUGCCGCACGAUGAUCUACGGGUACAACUCGAAGCUGUUGAGCCGCGGGACGAAUACGAUCAAGGACUACGGUCGGGAGUUGUUGGAAGAGAUUAGGAAGAUCCGACAUACAGAGCAGCUAUGGCAACGACCGCUCUUCUUUAUUGCACACAGCUUUGGUGGCAUUAUACUCGUGCAUUCUCUCGUUAAGGCGGCCCAGAGCAACGUGGAAGAUGAUGCUGCCCUCCCUGCCAUCUACAAGGCUACCUACGGCAUGCUUUUCUUUGCGACUCCGCACAAGGGCUUGGUAGUCAGCGACAUUCGGAAAAUGCUGAUGGGACAGACGGAGCAUCCGCGCAAUGCACUGCUCAACCAGAUCAACGAGCAGUCGGACCUUCUGGAUCACCAGCUGGACGCUUUCAGAAACAUUAUCCGCGACCGUAAAAUCGUGAGCUUCUACGAGAGGGGACAGACAAGACAGCUGGAAUAUAACAGCGAGAGCCAGCGCUGGCGGAGAAGCGGUGACUAUGUCAUGGCAGUGGGCACCGACUCGGCCCUCCUCCAACUCCCAGACGCUGUAGAGGAGAAGGUUCCUCAAAACGCCGAUCACUCGAUGAUUGUCAAGUUCGACGCCAGGACGGAUGCUGGAUACACCAGCGCGCGUGACAAGCUGCAACGGUACGAGAGGAAUGCUCUAAGCGUGGUAGAAGGUCGAUUUUGUAGGUAGAUCUCUAUAUUGUGAUUUGCUAG